AGCAGGAGAAUGAGGCGGUGACGCAGUAGGUCAGAAGCCGUCAGCCCACGGCGGUGGCUGGAUGUGCGGGAGUUUGGCGCUCGCUUGUCACUUCCCCCAGUCCCACCGCAAGGGGGCGCGAUGCGCAGCACAGGGACUGCACUAAGGAGAAGGCGCAGCAGCAGAGGCUCCACCUGAGAAUUAGUCGGGGACCCCCCUGAGCAUCUCUUCCCCACCCCGGCCCAGCAUGGCAGCACCCGGCCUCAUCCAUCGCUCCAACCCCGGGGGGGAGUCACAGAGCGCAGAGAAGGGGGAGAGGCUCCUGAAUGGCUGCGUUCCGCUCUCACACCAGGUGGCCGGCCAUAUGUACGGCAAGGAUAAAGUCGGUAUAUUGCAGCAUCCAGAUGGGACUGUCCUGAAACAGCUACAGCCGCCUCCGCGUGGACCAAGGGAGCUGAACUUCUAUUCCAUGGUUUUUUCACCUGAUUGCACUAAUAGUCAUCUCCUUGACCUCCAAAUGCUUCUGCCAAAAUAUUUUGGCACCUGGUCUCCUCCAGGAUCUACAAAUGAUCUCUAUUUAAAACUGGAAGAUAUAACCCGGAAGUUUAACAAGCCAUGCAUCAUGGAUAUUAAAAUAGGCCAAAAAAGCUACGAUCCAUUUGCUUCAGCUGAGAAGAUCCAGCAGCAGGUCAGCAAGUACCCUCUGAUGGAAGAGAUCGGCUUCCUGGUACUCGGCAUGAGGGUCUAUAACGUCCUUUCCGACAGCUACGAAACUCAAAACCAGCACUAUGGGAGGAGCUUGACAAAAGAGACGGUAAAAGAAGGGGUGUCGAAAUUUUUUCAUAAUGGGGCUCGCCUUAGAAACGACGCCGUGUCCGAAUGCAUACGGAAAGUUCAGAACAUCUUGCAGUGGUUCGAGUUUCAGGAAAAUUAUCAUUUUUAUGCAAGCUCCUUGCUCUUUGUCUACGAAGGCUCCUCUCUACACACCACGAAGCGACUGAUCGACGGGACUGUGGUCGAGAAGAGGGCUGUUCCAAAAGGACAGUUCACAGACGGUGAGUGUAACAACAACAUUCCCAUGUUUAGCUCGGUAAGGAACGGAGAGACUGAAGAAGCUGUAGAAAAAGACAUGGCCGAAAUCUGUGCACUUCAACGAAAGCCGUGUUCCAAGAGGCACCACAGCCAAGUGUCUCAGGAGGGGGAGAGUACAGACCAAGGCACCCUGAGAAGUCUCAAUGACCUUUCCCACGAACACCUAAACGGAAACCUUGUAUCCAAACUGGAAAACAUACAUUGCCAUAUUCCCACCGACCCCAAGGAAGGCCCUCAGGUGGAUGUACGGAUGAUCGACUUCGCUCACGUGUUCCCCAGUAACGGAAAAGACGAGGGUUACAUUUACGGACUCAAAAGCUUGAUUUCAGUGUUGCAAAGUAUUUUGCACGACUGAAUACUUACCUUUUACAUUUUUAGUCGGGGGGGGGGGGGCAAUGACCUGAUAAUCAUGGACGAUAACGCCGUUCAGAAUAUUUGCACUUGUAAUUGUGGUAUACUGGGUUUUUAAUCGUAAAUUCCGAAAUAUAUUCUAACCCCCCCCCUUUUUUUUUUUUUUGAUCUUUGGUGGAAGGGUUUUAACUUUUAUAAUAUUACUCAGGAAAAUUGAACUGGUUCGUGUCCUUCUGGAAAAGCAGUAUGGCCCGGAAGUUGGAACGGAUAGUGGCUUUGGGCUGAUGAUUGAAACCAAGAGGAAAGUUGGGAUUAAUAAUGACGCUAUGGGGGGGAUCUCUGCCUUUCUGACACAUAAGAUAAAUCGGUGUUUGGGACCACUCUUCUAACUGAAGACAAUAUCGGUGAUCAGAAGUACCGCGUAUAGUUUACCACUUGGAAUGAGCUGUUUCUGUCUUUCCCCGGGGGAAAUAAGCUGUGCCUUCAUUCAUUUUAUUUAUAUUUGUAAAGGAAAAGAAAUCUCUCAUUUCACUGCACCAUAGAGAUAUAUAUAUAUAGGUGUCACACUCUGUAAGGGUUUGCUAACCUAGUAGCUGCUGGAGAAAUCUGGGAAGCACAGUAGUUGCUGGAAUGACCCCCAGAUUAACCAUCUCUGCUUUGCUGACGAUAGUGUUCUUGUAAUGAAAUUGACCGUAUUUAUACUGAGCCAUUAGGAACCACUGUACUUUUCAUUUGGGUUUCUUCCUACUGUUUACAAGACUUCUAAUGUUACUGGAAUAUAAUUCAAUAGUUUUGCAUUUGUCUGUAAUAUAUAGCUAUAUGAGUAUCCAUGCAAGGGGACCUAAAGCCACUUUUUUUGGUUGGUUAGUUGGCUCCCACUCUUCCCCAGCUCUUUACCAGGCUUGUCCAGGUUUCUUGUGUCCACCAUCAAGGAGCCUACAGGCCCCCACAACAUGCCGAAAACUGGUGCCAGGGGUGCAUAAUUUAGGGUGAAGACACACUAAGCUUCUAGUAGCAGCUGCUUGUUGUGGCUA